UUUAGAUGUGUCAUGUGCCAACCAAAUAGUGAAAUAGAAAGCAUUCGUAGAAGAAAAAGUAAAAACUGACCAGAAACAUUUUUCCCUAAUUCCAACUGUAUUCAUCGCAAACUCCCACAGCAAAUCGACGCGGCGAUGCACGCAGCCAUGGCAGUUAGCUCUCCGCCAUAUACAUACGGUUGCGGCUUCCACCAAACUCUAGAGCCGUCCUGCUCUUCUUCAUCCUCCUCCGCUGUCUCUCUGUACCGCCGCUCUCCUCCACAAAAGGUUUCGAGAUUUUUCGCCCCUCGGAUUACGAUUUCUGGGAGACUCAAUCAGGGGCGGAUGCUCCCAUCGCAACAUGUGUACAGUUUGCGCUACGCUUCUCGAAUUCCAGGGAUAAGGGCUGCUGUUGUCACACCUGAUUCAUCUGUUCUCACAGAGGAAAAUGUCGAGAGCGUAUUGGAUGAGGUUCGGCCUUAUCUAAUGGCAGAUGGGGGUAACGUUGCGUUGCACGAAAUCGAUGGAGAUAUCGUCAGAUUGAAAUUACAAGGUGCAUGUGGCUCAUGUCCUAGUUCUACUAUGACAAUGAAAAUGGGUAUUGAACGUCGUCUAAUGGAAAAGAUCCCUGAAAUUGUUGCUGUUGAAGCAAUACCAGAUGAGGAGACAGGCCUUGAGCUAAAUGAAGAUAACAUUGAGAAGGUUCUUGAAGAAAUUAGGCCUUUUCUAGUUGGAGCAGCUGGUGGGGAUUUAGAGCUCGUAGAGAUUGAGUUGCCAAUAGUCAAAGUACGGAUUAGUGGACCCGCAGCUGGUGUGAUGACUGUACGCGUUGCCGUUACUCAAAAACUUCGAGAAAAAAUACCAGCCAUCGCAGCUGUUCAGCUUCUGUCGUAAAAUACUAGCAAAAGAUCCAUUUUACAAUGGUUAUGAAGAAUGCAGCCUCGGAAACAAAUUGUUGUGCAGUAAGUGAUAUUUAAACCUUUUAAUGAAACAAUAAGAAUGCAUUGUACAAUUGAAGAAGCAUGAGGUGAUUAAAAGCUCUUUCAUGUAUUUACUGUGCAAAACCUCACCGUACAUGUAUAUACAGUUUCUGAAUAAGAGCAUUUGCCCUGAAAAAUCAUAUUUAUCAUACCCAGUUCUUUUUUGUUUUCAUUUUCUUCUGGUGUAUAGUUGUGCUUUGAUUACUAACAUCUGGAAAUUCUUGUAUACUGCAUCUAU